AUGCAGAUCUUCGUCAAGACCCUGACGGGCAAGACCAUCACCCUCGAGGUGGAGUCCUCUGACACCAUCGACAACGUUAAGUCCAAGAUUCAGGACAAGGAGGGCAUUCCCCCCGACCAACAGCGCCUCAUCUUUGCUGGCAAGCAGCUCGAGGACGGUCGCACCCUGAGCGACUACAACAUCCAGAAGGAGUCCACCCUUCACUUGGUCCUUCGUCUGCGUGGUGGCAUGCAGAUCUUCGUGAAGACCCUCACUGGCAAGACCAUCACUCUCGAGGUCGAGUCAUCUGAUACCAUCGACAAUGUGAAGUCGAAGAUUCAGGAUAAGGAGGGUAUCCCACCUGACCAGCAGCGUCUGAUCUUCGCUGGUAAGCAGUUGGAGGACGGCCGCACCCUCUCCGACUACAACAUCCAAAAGGAGUCUACUCUGCACCUUGUUCUCCGUCUCCGUGGUGGUAUGCAAAUCUUCGUCAAGACUCUUACCGGAAAGACAAUCACACUUGAGGUCGAGUCUUCAGACACUAUCGACAAUGUAAAGAGCAAGAUCCAGGAUAAGGAGGGCAUUCCUCCUGACCAGCAACGCCUGAUCUUCGCUGGAAAGCAACUGGAGGAUGGACGAACUCUCUCUGACUACAACAUUCAGAAGGAGUCUACGCUACAUCUGGUGCUCCGACUUCGUGGUGGUAUGCAGAUUUUCGUCAAGACCUUGACUGGAAAGACGAUUACGUUGGAGGUAGAAUCUUCAGACACCAUCGAUAACGUCAAGAGCAAGAUCCAGGACAAGGAGGGUAUUCCCCCUGACCAGCAGCGAUUGAUCUUUGCUGGUAAGCAGCUUGAGGAUGGCCGAACUCUGUCUGACUACAACAUCCAGAAGGAGAGCACACUCCACUUGGUGCUGCGUCUCCGUGGUGCUACGAGGAACACCAACAACUCGGCGGGUGACGACAGCUCCCAAACCGACCGACAGAGCCCAUCCGGGCAACGAAGAGUCCACCCAGGCAUGCCGUCGUACUACUACCACCUCAAGUUCGAGCUGUACCCGAACGCAGACCCGACGACGACGACGACCAAGGCAAGCGGCGGUGGGAAAAAGAGCGCCCUCAACGAGCAGGUCUGGUUGCCCACCGACGGCGCGAGCAUUUUCGACGACCUGCCUUCGCACCCGCGGCGAGCGCGCGCGAACAACAGCAACAGCAGCAGCAGCAGCGCCUGGGUAUCGUCCGGGCCGCUGGAGAGGCGGGACAAGUUCCCUGAGCGGGCGCCGGCCGUCAUUGACUGCGGCACGCCCAGGGGAGGCGGAAUAUCGCAGGAGGAGGAAGACGGCGCUGGCGACGACCACCGCAACAUCGUGCACCUCACCGAGCGGCAGUGGCGCGCGAGAUCAAAGAGCUUUCCGCCGCCUGGGUUCGCUGCUGGGAUUGGACCGCGCACGGCGGCCAAGGACUGGCGGUUCGGGCGCGUGAACAUCGAGAGCUUCGACAUGGCUGGUGCGAGCGCGGGUGCGGGUGCGGGUGCCGGCGGCACCCAUCAUGACCAAGGGGGCGGCAGCAGCAGCAGCGGGGGAUACUUCCACGUGCCGGUCGACGGCGAGCACGUCACGCCGGCGGCCUCGCUUGGCCCGAAUCUCGGUGGCCCCGGACAGGCGACGAAGGCGCGGUACGUGCCGCUCGAGACGAAGAACACGGAGGUGGGUUGGGGCGUCGUGCAUCUGUACCGCGAGAACGACGAGUCGCAUGCCCUGAGAGCGGAGCCGUGGCAAGGCCCGGACGGGGCAGGGAGCAGUAGUGUGGCUUCGGCGGAAGACGACUGCACGAUCUUGUGCAUACCGGCCGUGCCGAGCUAUCUCUCGCCGAGCGACUUCCUGGGCUUUGUGGGCGAGAAGUGGCGGGGAGAUGUCUCGCACUACCGGAUGGUCAUGACGAGCCGGAUGAAUCGAUACAUGGUGCUCAUGAAGUUUCGGGAUAAUAGGAGGGCGAGGGAGUGGAGGAAGGAGUUUGAUGGCAAAGUCUUUAACAGUAUGGAAGCUGAGAUAUGUCAUGUCACAUUUAUCAAGUCGAUAACCGUCGAGACACCCACACAACCGAAAGACACCGCAUCGUCAUUGAAUAGCGACCCCUUUGGGCCAGCAUCGGCUGGUGGCCUGGUCAGCUCCAUGAAACCGUUCCCUCCACCCACACCAAGUCUGAUCGAACUUCCCACUUGCCCGGUCUGCCUUGAGCGCAUGGACGAUACAACGGGGCUCAUGACAAUACUCUGUCAGCACGUCUUUCACUGCACAUGUCUACAAACAUGGAAGGGCUCAGGGUGUCCCGUAUGUCGAGCAACCAACCCAACGCCGGACUCCGAUCCCAACAACCCCUAUGCACGACCCUUCGGCACGGAUGCCUCUAAUCUGUGUAGUGUGUGUGACUGCACAGAUGAUCUAUGGAUAUGCUUAAUCUGCGGCAACGUGGGCUGUGGCCGAUACAAAGGGGGCCACGCCAAGGAUCACUGGAAGGAGACGGCACACAGCUUCAGCCUUGAACUGGAGACACAGCACGUGUGGGACUACGCCGGCGACAUGUGGGUGCACCGCCUGAUCCGCGACAAGGGUGACGGCAAGGUCGUCGAGCUACCUAGCAACGCGAAUCGGGUGCGUGACGGUGGCCGCGGCGAGAGAGGCUCAGAGGACGAGGAUGUCGUGCCGCGCGCCAAGCUCGACAACAUCGGCAUGGAAUACUCGCACCUGCUGACCAGCCAGCUCGAGAGCCAGCGCAUCUACUUCGAGGAGAUGGUCAGCAAGGCCGCAGACAAGGCGUCCAAGGCAUCGGCGGCAGCGGAGACGGCCGGCGCGCAAGCGCAGGAGGCCGUGCGGGAGCUACGCGCCCUACGGGCGGAGCACCGCGCGCUCAGGGAGGAGACAGUACCGGCGCUGGAGCGGGACGUGGAGCGCGAGCGCCGGCGGGCCGACAAGUCGACCGAGCUGGCGCGCAAGCUGGGCCAGGCGCUGCAGGAGGAGAAGAAGGUCAGCGAGGGCCUGCUGGCGCGCGUGGAGCACGUCAACAAGGAGGUGGAGGGCGUGCGGCGGCAGAUGCUCGAGCUCAAGGCCGAGAACGAGGAGCUCAAGGAGACGAACCGCGACUUGACGAUGUUUAUUAGCGGCCAGGAGAAGCUCAAGGAGCUGGAAGAGGAGGGCAAGAUUGAGGAGGGCGAGCUGGAGGCUGGGACGGUCAGUAUACCCGAGGAGAGGCGCAGAAAGGGCAAAGGCAAGGCGAAGAAGUGA